AGAGGUGGGACCGCGCACGCGCACCGUUGCAUCUACGCGGACGUCUCUGGGUUUCCUUUGCAGACAGCCUUCCUCUCAGUCCAGUACGGUGGCCGACGGGAGCCAGACGCUGGGGAUGAAUGAAGGAACAACAGUGAUAAUGGCUGAGUGUACAAGCCUUCAGUUUGUCAGCCCUUUUGCUUUUGAGGCAAUGCAGAAAGUGGAUGUUGUUCGGUUGGCAUCUUUAAGCGAUCCAGAAUUGAGACUUCUUCUGCCCUGCUUGGUGCGAAUGGCACUUUGUGCUCCUGCUGACCAGAGCCAGAGCUGGGCUCAAGAUAAAAAACUCAUCCUUCGUCUUCUCUCUGGAGUGGAAGCUGUCAACUCUAUUGUUGCAUUGUUGUCAGUGGACUUUCAUGCUUUAGAACAGGAUGCCAGCAAAGAACAGCAGCUUAGGCAUAAACUUGGAGGAGGCAGUGGAGAGAGCAUCCUGGUAUCACAGCUUCAGCAUGGACUGACAUUAGAGUUUGAACACAGUGAUUCACCUCGUCGAUUGCGUCUUGUGCUUAGUGAGCUGUUGGCAAUUAUGAACAAGGUGUCUGAGUCCAGUGGAGAAUUUUUUUUUAAGUCAUCUGAGCUAUUUGAGAGUCCAGUCUAUUUGGAGGAAGCUGCAGAUGUACUUUGUAUUUUACAAGCAGAGCUCCCUUCUCUGCUUCCUAUAGUGGAUGUAGCUGAAGCUUUGCUACAUGUUAGAAAUGGUGCUUGGUUCUUAUGUCUGUUGGUGGCCAAUGUUCCUGAUAGUUUUAAUGAAGUUUGUAGGGGUCUCAUAAAAAAUGGAGAACGACAAGAUGAGGAAAGUCUUGGAGGAAGGCGCAGGACGGAUGCCCUACGCUUCUUAUGUAAAAUGAAUCCUUCUCAGUCCCUCAAGGUCCGAGGCAUGGUGGUAGAAGAAUGUCACUUGCCAGGCCUUGGAGUGGCUUUGACAUUGGAUCAUACUAAAAAUGAAGCUAGUGAAGAUGGAGUGAGUGACUUGGUUUGUUUUGUUAGUGGUUUGCUUCUUGGAACAAAUGCAAAAGUCCGGACUUGGUUUGGAACUUUUAUCCGAAAUGGACAGCAGAGAAAAAGAGAGACCAGUAGUUCUGUCCUUUGGCAAAUGAGAAGGCAGCUUCUUCUGGAGUUGAUGGGCAUUCUUCCCACAGUAAGAAGUACCCGCAUUGUGGAAGAAGCUGAUGUGGAGAUGGAGCCCAAUGUGUCUGUGUAUUCGGGGCUGAAAGAAGAGCAUGUUGUGAAAGCCAGUGCACUCUUACGUCUGUACUGUGCUUUGAUGGGGAUCGCUGGACUCAAACCAACUGAGGAAGAAGCUGAGCAAUUACUGCAGUUGAUGACAAGCCGUCCUCCUGCUACACCGGCUGGGGUUCGCUUUGUUUCGCUUUCCUUUUGUAUGCUACUGGCCUUUUCUACACUUGUCAGUACACCUGAACAGGAGCAGCUAAUGGUAGUGUGGCUAAGUUGGAUGAUAAAAGAAGAAGCAUAUUUUGAAAGUACAUCUGGCGUCUCUGCUUCUUUUGGGGAGAUGUUGUUAUUGGUCGCUAUGUACUUUCAUAGCAACCAGCUUAGUGCUAUCAUUGACUUGGUCUGUUCCACUUUGGGGAUGAAGAUUGUAAUUAAGCCAAGCUCCUUGAGCAGGAUGAAGACUAUCUUCACACAGGAAAUUUUUACUGAGCAGGUUGUCACAGCUCAUGCUGUUCGGGUCCCUGUCACCAGCAACCUGAGUGCCAACAUUACUGGAUUUUUGCCCAUUCAUUGUAUUUACCAGCUUCUCAGGAGUCGUUCCUUUACCAAGCACAAAGUGUCAAUAAAAGACUGGAUUUAUAGACAGCUGUGUGAAACCUCUACUCCACUCCAUCCUCAAUUACUUCCUCUGAUUGAUGUAUACAUAAAUUCCAUACUUACUCCAGCAUCUAAAUCUAAUCCAGAAGCUACAAAUCAGCCAGUCACAGAACAGGAGAUCCUCAGUAUUUUCCAAGGAGUCAUUGGGGGUGACAACAUCCGUCUUAAUCAACGUUUCAGUAUCACAGCACAGCUUUUGGUGCUUUACUAUAUACUGUCUUAUGAGGAGGCUCUCCUAGCAAACACGAAGACUUUAGCUGCUAUGCAAAGAAAGCCCAAAUCAUAUUCGUCUUCUUUAAUGGAUCAGAUUCCUAUCAAAUUCCUUAUUCGACAGGCUCAAGGACUGCAGCAAGAGUUGGGAGGGUUACAUUCUGCUUUACUACGUCUCCUUGCAACUAAUUACCCACAUUUAUGCAUUGUGGAUGAUUGGAUCUGUGAAGAAGAAAUCACAGGAACUGAUGCCCUGUUAAGGCGUAUGCUACUGACCAAUAAUGCCAAAAACCACUCUCCUAAACAACUCCAAGAAGCAUUUUCAGCUGUCCCAGUAAGUCACACACAAGUGAUGCAGAUUCUAGAACACUUGACUCUGCUCUCUGCCAGUGAACUUAUACCAUAUGCAGAAGUAUUAACAUCCAAUAUGAACCAGCUGUUGAAUUCAGGGGUUCCACGGCGAAUUCUUCAAACGGUCAAUAAACUAUGGAUGGUUCUUAAUACUGUGAUGCCUAGAAGGCUGUGGGUAAUGACAGUUAAUGCACUUCAACCUUCAAUAAAGUUUGUACGACAGCAAAAGUAUACUCAGAAUGACCUGAUGAUAGAUCCUCUCAUUGUCCUAAGAUGUGAUCAGAGGGUACACAGAUGCCCGCCACUGAUGGAUAUCACUCUACACAUGUUGAAUGGAUACCUUCUUGCAUCCAAAGCCUAUCUUAGCGCUCAUCUGAAGGAAACAGCAGAGCAAGAUAGGCCUUCUCAGAAUAAUACAAUAGGCUUAGUUGGGCAAACUGAUGGCCCAGAAGUUACCAGAGAAGAAUUGAAAAACGCAUUACUGGCUGCUCAGGAUAGUGCAGCUGUCCAGAUUCUCUUGGAGAUUUGCUUACCUACUGAAGAAGAAAAAGCAAAGGGUGUCAAUCCAGACAGCUUGCUAAGGAAUGUUCAAAGUGUUAUUACUACUAGUGCUUCAAAUAAGGGAAUGGAGGAAGGAGAAGACAAUUUGCUCUGUAACCUUCGAGAAGUUCAGUGCCUUAUCUGUUGUCUGUUACACCAGAUGUACAUUGCUGAUCCCAACAUUGCUAAACUUGUUCACUUUCAGGGUUAUCCUUGUGAACUUCUACCUCUGACAGUCGCAGGUAUUCCAUCUAUGCACAUCUGUCUGGAUUUCAUACCUGAGCUUAUUGCACAGCCAGAACUUGAAAAACAGAUAUUUGCUAUCCAGCUGCUUUCUCAUUUGUGUAUCCAGUAUGCAUUACCAAAGUCACUCAGUGUGGCUCGCUUAGCUGUGAAUGUCAUGGGAACUUUGCUAACAGUUUUAACGCAGGCUAAGCGUUAUGCUUUUUUCAUGCCAACUCUGCCAAGUUUGGUCUCUUUUUGUCGAGCAUUUCCUCCCCUGUAUGAGGAUAUUAUGUCUUUGCUGAUCCAAAUAGGGCAAGUCUGUGCCUCUGAUGUUGCCACUCAGACAAGAGACAUUGAUCCAAUUAUUACACGUCUUCAACAAAUAAAGGAGAAACCGAGUGGAUGGUCUGGAAUCUGUAAAGAUCCAUCUUACAAAAAUGGAUCUGGGGACACUGGAAGUAUGGAUCCUGACGUACAGCUCUGUCAUUGUAUUGAAAGCACAAUAAUUGAAAUAAUAAACAUGAGUGUUAGUGGAAUUUAAAAAAAAAGUAAAACAAAAAAGUGAAGCUGUUUGCUGCAUAUACUCAAUACAAAUCUGCAUCUUAUAACAACUUUAAACUGAAUGGGAACAGUAACGUCUUGGAAUCAUUAAACGAUUCAUUUCAACAUGAAUAUAAUUUAGAACUCUCUUAAGAAUUGUGCUUGCUUGUAUUUGAUUGGCAGUUCUUUGGAUCUACUUUGCUGGUAUGUUUAUAUUAUAGCAGCAGAGCUUCUUUUGUUGUUUUUUGUUUGUUUGUUUGUUUGUUUUUUCCUAUUGGGAGCACAUUUAAGAAGUCCUUAUUGGAAGGUGAAUUUGGCCUUGUAUUUAGCAUUUGCAAUAAAGGAAAAGUGCCAUGCCUUUAACUUAAUUUCUUAUAAAGAUGAGUGGGUAGCCCUAGUUUAUGGCUGUCAGCUCAUAACAGUGUAACAAUGAUGCAAUGAUGAGAGGGAGAAAAAGGGAAGGGAGACUUCAGGAAAAAUUAGUUUAAAUACCUGAUAGAAAUUGCUAAAACUUGCAAUGCAAGUAAUUACAGAUGAGAAUUUUAAGAUUUUACAUGUUUGCUUCAAUUUUUACUAAUAUGUAGACAUAUGUUUAAAGAGAUACUUGAAUAAUUUGGAAUUUUAAGAUACUGGUUUAAAAGAAACAUCUUUGUGCAUAGAAGAACCUGAAAAGAGAUCUCAUUUCGUUGUUGUUUUUUUAAAUUUAUUUUUAUAAUGCUUUACUAACUUACCUAGGGGUCAGUGGUGGGAAAUACAUUGGUAUCUAAUUAAAGUUUAGGGCAGUAAAACGCACUAGAUUGAAGUGCUCUUGGUGUACCAUUAGGAUUAUAAUUCAUAUCUUAAUUUUAGAAGAUUUCUGAAUAAAAAAAUAAACAGUAUUUCGACCUAAGGAAAAAUUAAAAAGUGUAAAGUACCAUGUGGGUGAAGGAUUUUGCAGUUGUGUUAGUAACUUCCAUUGAUUAGGCAGAUGCAUUCAGGUAACCCAUAAUCCUAAUUUUUCCCCCCUUAAUUAAAUAUCCAACAUAGAAGGUACUUUGCUUUCUGAGAAAUACCUGAAUGACACACUCCUCCCAACCUCUCCAGUCCCCUGCUUUGAAACAGACCUCUUCACUUGUAUAAGAAAUUAGGUAGACUAAUAAGAAAGUGUGGUUUUUUAAGAAAAGAAACUUAACCUUAGUCUUUUCAGUAGUGUAUAGGCACAUCUCAUUUUCCUCCUUUGUAAAGUGGAAUUACCACUGGCCCUACCUCAUAAGGGUAUUGUAUGAGAACUAAUUUGUAGCUAUUUCAAAUCAUGAAGUACACAGCAUCACAGAUGAUAGAAUAUUUAUACCUUUUAUUAGAUGCUUAAUGUUCAAUUAAGUAAUUUUGAUGCAAAAAGUAAAAGCAUACACUUAAAAAAUACCGUAAGAAUUUUCAUAUUUUUAAAGAAAGCAGUUUUAUAGUCUUUUAAGAUUAAAUACAACUGCUCCUGUUUUGUUUUGUUUAGUUUUUAAACAGAGGCUUUGGAAUAUUUUGUGAGUACGUAACUUCUAGGAGUUCAGAAAAUGUUGAAAUGUUUUCUAACUAAAUGCAGUGCACAUUCCUGGAUCAAUUUUCAGACUGGUCAAAACCUGCUGUGUUAAAAUAACAUAUGCUGUUUUUCAUCAGAUUUGUUGAUGAUGUAAAUAAAAUGUGUAAAUAUAUUAGUAAAUGUUAAUAUUCAUGUAUUUUAAGUUAAGGUUAAGAUUUGUCACAAUGUGAUUUUUUUUUAUUCAGGUGAAAACAGAUGUGUGCAACUAUUUUGAAUAUUGGUUUAUAAACAUUCAUAUUCUUUAUCAAAUGAA